GCAGGGCAGUGCGUUUCCGGUCAUACCCUCGUCCUCGCUCACCUGCGCUAACUUGACUGGCAGGUAUAUAAACUCUAUCCCGGACGGUUCGCGGUAGGAGGUGUUCCGGAGUGACAGCGGCUGAUCUCCCGUUGACCUUCCGUCCUGUCACCGCGGUGGAAACAUGGCUCUGAGCCGUCUGGAAAAGGCUCAAGUAUGGCUCUUCAAGGCGGUCAUGGGAGUCUUCAUGAUGCUUUUCCGGGUCUUCUCCCCCCGGAGACCGGCCGUGUCCGACAAGAAGCUGCCGCCCGUCCGCAACCCGCUGCUGUUCGUGUCAGCGACGCAGCUCGCUAAGAAGAUCCGGCGAAAAGAGGUGUCAAGUGUGGAGGUGGUGCAGGCUUACAUUGACAGGAUCCAGGAGGUCAACCCCUUUCUGAACGCUGUUAUCAAAGACAGGUUUGCUGCUGCCCUCCAGGAGGCAGCCCAGGUCGAUAAGCUGAUAGAGGAGGAAACUGGAGGAGAGGAGGUGCUGGAGGAUCGACUGCCUUUACUGGGAGUCCCACUCUCUGUCAAAGAGUCCUUUGCCCUCCAGGGCAUGCCCCAAGCUACUGGUCUGAUCUCCAGGCAAGGGGUCGUGUCCGCUGUCGACGCUCCACCUGUGGCCCUGCUGAAGAGGGCGGGGGCCAUCCCGCUGGGCGUCACCAACACCAGCGAGCUGUGCAUGUGGUGCGAGUCCCACAACCAUCUGCACGGCAUCACCAACAACCCGUACGACCUGGAGAGGAUACCAGGAGGAAGCUCGGGGGGAGAGGGCAGCAUACUGGCAGCAGCAGGCGCAGUCAUCGGUAUAGGCUCAGACAUCGGCGGCAGCAUCCGCAUGCCCUGCUUCUUCAACGGAAUAUUUGGCCAUAAAACCACUCCUGGUGUUGUGUCCCCUGAGAACCAGUACCCUCCCAUCUCCGGCAGACAGGACGAGUACCUCAGCACCGGACCCAUGUGCCGCUACGCUGAGGACCUGCUGCCCAUGCUCAAGAUCAUGGCAGGACCCAAUGCUCACAUGUUGCCCUUGAACACGAAGGUUGACCUAAAGAAGCUGCGGUUCUUCACCAUCCUUCAUGACGGCGGCUCUCCUGUGACGUACCCCGUCAGCAAAGAGCUCAUGGACAUCCAGAAGAAGGUGGUGGAGCGUCUGGAGGCCGACCUCGGCGUACAAGUCCAAGAAGUGCGUUUCCCCGAGCUCCGCUACAGCUUCCAGAUCUGGAACACCUACAUGGGUCUCCCUGAUAAGGACGGCAAGCCUCCUCUGCCGUUUACGAUGCUGAUGGGGGAACCAGGACGACCGGUGUGGCCUCUGUGGGAGCUGCUGAAGUGGAUGAUGGGAAAGUCAGAACAUACCAUGGCUGCUAUUGGUCUGGCCCUGCUGGAGAUGACCCACGUGUCCAAACCCUCGGCCUUCAUCAUCCAGCAGAAGGAGAAGCUGCAGAAGGAGGUGGAGGAGCUGCUGGGCACCGACGGUGUUUUCCUUUACCCCUCGCACCCCCGAGUGGCACCCAAACACCACCACCCGCUCUUCAGACCCUUCGACUUCGCCUACACCGGUAUAAUCAACAUCCUCGGGCUGCCCGUCACCCAGUGUCCUCUGGGUCUGGGUGAGGAGGGUCUGCCGCUGGGUGUGCAGGUUGUGGGUGGGAAGCUGCAGGACCAUCUAACCCUGGCUGUGGCGCUCUACCUGGAGAAGACAUUCGGAGGCUGGCGGGACCCCGGAGCAAACUAAAAACCACACACUCGCAGCCGUUACCAAAUCUCCAGACUGGGGCCAAUUGAAUCAGAGAUUGUGGUACUCUAUCUGCCUUGCUGCUCGCUGUAGUACACAAUCACCAGGAGGUACAAUCAGCACGCUGAAUGUUCAAGUGAAGAGAUUAAUUUUUGUACUAAUGAGGGAUCAGCUGUUCCUGUUAAACGUCUGUUAUGAUUUUAUCAUCUACCCUGUUCAGGGACUGUUAUGUUACGAGCACAAGCUUUAAAAAAAGAUUGAUUUUUAUAGUAGUGGAAAUAUCUUUAAUCAAAUGUUCACAUUAUCACGCAAAAACAAGGAUUUUAUGCUGCUCAUGACUGUGUUUGACUACUUCACUGACAUCAUAUCAGACCUCUGCAGCGGGUUGUGUAAAGUGUAAGCAGAUGCCAGAUAUGUACAUUAUAAAGAACUUUAACUGUACAACUUUUACUUUACACACUUUGGUUUUACCUCAUUUUUUUUGACUGGCAGCUGUAUGGUUACAGACAUAUUAGAUGCAGUGUUAUUAACUCUUAAAAGGACGCUCAUACACACACACACACACAGGUUGGCUGUGGUCAUAUAGUCUUCUUUGCUUAGGAAGCUUCCUAACUGGGUGAAUUGACUUGGACGUAUAUAAGUGGCAGCCAUGAUAAGAGCUUGUUGAAUUCUCUAAAUGUUACGAAAAGGAGCUUCAGUGCCUCCUAUCUUAUCUCCUUUAACAUAGGAUACUCUGGACCUUCCUUUAUGAAAGGAAAUGUCCCACAGUUCCUUGCAGCAGCAACAUUAUUCUGUUCUGACUGAUUAGACCUCCACUCAGGGUUGGGGCUGGGUGGAGCUGUGCUAGGAGUUUGUCACCUGACUCCUGAUACAUUAAAGAAUCAUCAAGUUGUACUUUGUCCUGCAGGAAGGUCCAAUCAGCCAGAGUAAUGAAACACCUGUGCAGGGAUGUACUGUAACAUGUAGGGCCUUUUAACUCAUUUCUAAUACUGGAAAUGGACAUGACUGUAAUAUUAUAGAAGAUAAAAAGGACGACAAGACUUACCAGACAUCAGUAAUGGACAACAACAAAUGCAUAACCUCAGUUGCGUGAUAAUGUGAACGUCACAUAACGGCAUUUAGUUGAUUGUGGUGCCUGUUUUAUGCUGUGACUCAUUUGUUUCAGCAAAUAAAGAGUCUGAAUCUUU